GCACACCUGCUCACUAUAACGACUUCAGACCUCCACCAACUGACCUCAGCCUGUUACCAAAGUUCAGGGUGAGAAGGUGAGUGAUACGCUACUGACCAGCAUCCCUCCGUCCUCUCCAGUGCCUUCGAGCGACUCCACAGCAUGCUGUCUGGGAGAGCGGCUGAUGUCCGGCACUGCGUCCUGACGAGCCGCUGGCUGCCUGCAGCUCUGGCGCUGCUCCUCCUCCUCUCCUCCAGCUUCAGCAGCGCUCACAGCACCACGGUGGAGCACGACUUCCACAUUGUUCACAAUGUUGACAACAGAAGUCCAGAAAUAGAUCCAUUCUGGUACGUGGGGCGUGGAGUAAGACCCAUCGGGCGCUUUGGGAAAAGGCACAGCAGCGUGGAAACUCUGGGCAGCGGCGGGAUGCAGCCUGUUCUCAGGACUUUAGGGCUGCUGCUCAAUAGCCUGAGAAACAAAGAGGACCUGGGGAAAGUGCUAGAUGGAGAAGACAGGGAUUGGUUACCGUGACAGCAAGUCCUCCUCCCCUCAUCCACAAACUCAGUGUCGUUUUUUUUAAUCUUGAUUGAGGUUACUUACUGUU